AUGAAUUUCAGCGAUCAGAUUGCUACGCUGCGAACAGUGCUGAAAUCCAAUAAAUUGACCGCUGAAUCAGCGUUGGCUUCACUGAAAGAGAAAUAUGAAAGCGAAAAAGCGGCGACACAUGAUCUUCUGGAGAAGUUGAGACGUGAGCUCAAGGCUUUCAAAGAAGACGCAGCAACAUUCGCAUCACAUCGAGCAAUGUUUACAGCACGCUGUGAGGAGCUUCAAGCUCAGGUUGAUGAGAUGGCUGCCAGUCAGAGAGCAGCUGAGGAUGAGAAGCGCACUUUAAAUUCGCUGCUGCGAAUGGCUAUCCAACAAAAAUUAGCGCUUACGCAACGAUUGGAAGAUUUGGAAGUAGAUCGUGAAAGACAAACUUUCAAACGCGGUAACAAAGCAUCUGGUCGACUUGCAACAUCGGAUGGCUCUGGGCAGUUGCAUCGUGUUCGCUAUCCAGGACAAAACGCUCAACAACAGCAGAGGAAUCUCAAGAGGGAUUAUUAG